AUGGCUGAGACACAGAGAAUGACUGUCUAUGGUAGACAUCCUCCCUGUGCUAAUGGCAAUCGUUUAGAAGAACGCCGUGCUAGAUUAGCUUUAAGUUUGGAAAGAAAUCGAAAACUGGAUAAACAAGAAGACUUUGUCUGCUAUGAAUCAAGUGAUGAUGAAGCAGAAUCUAUAAAUGAAGGAAAACAGUUUUUAAGGACAUCUUUUAACUUUGUGGACUAUGUACGUGCUAGGGAAACAAAUACGAGAGAAGUGCGGAAAAUAAAUCAAGAAUAUGGAUUUCGUCACAUAUUGACUCAUGAAUUAUUUAAAGAAUAUUCAGUUAGUUUAAAUAAUAUGAAUAAGGUCUUUUGCUCUCAGUGGUUAAGUGAUAGGCAAGUAGUAUUUGGUACAAAAUGCAACAAAUUGAUGGUUUAUGACGUAGCAACACAGAAAUUAGAUCAAAUACCCUCCUUGCAUGGCCGACAAAUUAAUUCAGGAGGUGCUGCUGUUCCUGAGCAGCAGUGCGGUAUACAUUGUGUUCAAAUUAAUCCAUCAAGAACUCUUUUAUCAACUGGAGCAAGAAAUAGUAAUGAAAUUGCGAUAUACAGGCUACCGACGUUAGACCCAGUUUGUGUGGGAGAAGGUGCCCACAGAGAUUGGGUUUUUGAUAUGUGUUGGCUAGACGAUGAAUUUUUAGUUUCUGGUUCUAGAGAUACUAAAAUGGCUUUAUGGCGAAUCGACAGUGAUCUUGCAGAAGCCCCUGACAAAGCAGAUGUGCCUACACACAGGUUAAUUCAACCUGUGUGUGUCAAGGAAUGCAGAUCAGCUCAAAGAGUGCGAGCUCUUGCUUUUCAUAGAACAUACAAAGAAAUUGCUGCACUUACUUUGAAUAGCUUUAUACACAUCUGGUCUGCUGAGACAUUCAGACAAAAGAUAUCUAGAAAAUUACCAGUUUGUCAAGAAAAUGUUUGCCUUGCAGUACAAGAUAAUGGUGUUUAUGCAGUAGGAUGUCGGUCUCACACUUUAUUGUUAGAUCCAAGGACACUACAAAUUAUUAAAAAAGUACCAUCACGGUAUAGCGGUUGUGGAAUACGAUCAGCCAGUUUCCAAGGCUCUGUUUUAACAAUUGGAACAGGCUUAGGAAUGCUGAUGUUUUACGAUGUUAGAGCUCAGAAAUAUCUGGAGUCUUCAAUUAAUUCUAUUAGGACCGUUAUACUCAAAGCAUCUAAAGGAUACGUAUUUCCGGAUGAAGAAUAUAUUGAUGGAUUCCAAAACGUGAGGUACACACCUGCUAUAUAUACUCAUUGCUAUGACGGAUCAGGUACACGACUAUUUGCAGCUGGCGGUCCUCUUCCCAUGAAUCUUUAUGGUAACUAUGCAGGAUUGUGGCAAUAAAGUUAAUCUUAAUUGAAUAUUGAACAGCAUCGAUUUUUACGUAAUUGAUUGUAAGUUGUAUAUUUAAAUUAUCUAGAUUUCAU